AUGAUUAUCAAUCAAACACGUAUAGAAACACCAGCCCAGACAUUUGUACCAAACAACACCAGUGCGAAUGUUCCAUCAUACAUCAGAUAUGUUAUCAAGGAGAAGGCCAAGAAUGUGAUUAUACUGAGCAGUGAUGAAGAAAAUUCGGAUGACGAGGAGCCAGUGCAAUCAGCAGGGCAACCCAUGGACGAGGAGCCGCAAACUGUGAGUUUAUCAGCUUCCUCACGACCCAACAAACAACGCAAGAUAGAAGGCAGCCAAAAUGCGCCAAUCUCCCUUGACGAUUCAGACGAUGAUAUGGCAGAAAUCAUUGACCCACCAGAGCCAUUCUCGAACCUGAAAAAAGGAUCUUUUGAUAACAACCAUACGCAAUCAAUCGUCAGUAGCAUUGCUUCAUCACCAAUGGCUCAAUAUGAGGAUUACGGUGACAACGAGCCACCUAUGGAUGAUGAAACAUUCCAACAGAACCUCACGAAAUUUUUUGGCUAUUCAGAGGAGGACAAGAAAGAUGAGUUGAAUGGCCAAUUGAUCCAAGAAAUAAAUAAUCAAUUGAACCAAGUGCUGAACGAUGGUAUGAAUCCAGAGGUGAUCCAUGAAGUGAAUCAAGAAAUGGACAGCGAUGCGAACCAAGACUUGAAUGAUAAUUGGAAUCAAGCAGCGAAUAAUGAGUCAAACCAACAAGUAAAUAACGAAUUGGAUCAAGAGUUGAAUCAAGAGCUGAGCAGCAAAGUGAACGGUAAGCCAGACAAGGAAAUAAUUACUGGAUCAACCAAAGAUAUGGUUACUGGGUCAACUGAAGAACUGAAAAUUGGACUACAAGGCGGUUUGAACAGCGGAUUGAUUGGAGAGUUCACUUACGCAGUAAAUGAGGAUCCCAACACUGAGGAAACGAGUGGUGAGGCGAUGGCCGUUGACAAUCCAGCUGAUAAUCAGAAUAGUGCACUAAGCACUGAUCAAAUUAUGGAUCUAAACGAUGCCCAAAAUAACAAUGUUAUCAAUGAUCAAAGCGACGCUCAGAUUGAAGAACAACUGGAUGAUUCGUUUUCUGUUCUAUCAGAAUUAUCUGAUGUUGCUUUUGAACAGCUCUCAAGGAUUUCUGUUCACGAAGACAGUGUUAAGGAAGAGGAACUUCACAAUGCGCUCAAUAUUACCGAAACAAUGACACAAUUAACUGUAGAUGAACCCAUGCCAUCUACAACUGUAAAUACCUUUAUACCUGCCAAUGUGGAAAAGUUGGAGUUGCUUCGCAUGAUGGAGAUGUACAUUCAAUCUGUGUCUGAGCCGCCUUCAGUAACCAGCUCGAUGGGCACAAAUGACCGUUUCUCCCGCAGAAGCAGACGACAUACAGAAAACUCAUCGCCAGUUGUAUACUAUAGACAAAAAUCAAGCAUGGAUUUACAGGUACAACCAACACUACACCCUCAAGAACCCAAUACACCGUACGUUCCAAGCCGUGUCUGGUAUAAUUCAACAUGGGAGGAUUGGGCUCAGUUAGAUACUGCCGAUAUUCUACAUUAUCCAUUCACAACGCAAGAAAUCUCCAUCAUCGAACAUUGUAUAUACAAAUUUAAAGGAUCAAGGAUUGCGAGGGAUGUGGAAGCAUUUUGGCAGUAUGUGUCCACUCUACUUCCUGGCAGAACACCUUUGGAUUGUAAAUGCUUCUACUCUGACCUAAAGGACGGCCAAUACAAAUUAUUUGACAAGGUCAUUAUGGUAAAAAAACACAAAGCUCAGAAGAAGGGAAGAUCUCGAUAUCAGUUAUUAUCAAAACGUACUCGCACUGGUGCAUUGAACGGUAAUGCUUUGAGAAGCAUACAUUGGGCAAAUAUGAGCAGGGAAAGUACAAUCCAAGGUGGCAGUGGGGAUGCUAUCACACUGGCAAUAUUCAAUGAUCCCACAAAAGGAGUACGAAUUGCGGCGGGUUCUCUCUGUGAUGAAAACAUUCAGUACAAUGUCCCAGGUAACCUGAGAUUAUGGGAUUCCGAGACAAAUGAUUGCAAAUCACUGAAUGGGCAUCAAACUUUACAUGAAACUACUGGGCAAGAAAUCUGGAGAACUGUCACUGACGUGAAAAUGUCAAAAGACCAAAGCUUAAUCUAUUCAUCGUCGCAUGAUGGUCGUGCUAAUAUCUGGCGAGCAAAAACCGGCAAACACGUCUCAACACUCAGCUAUCACAGCAAGCCUAUCAAUCAGUUGGCUGUCAACUAUUCGACAAAUGAAAACGUGCUUGCCACUUGUUCUAACGAUGGCACAGCAACCGUAUGGACACUGAGCAAAAAUGGUAAAACGGGUUCUGGUGUUAUCUGUGAAUUGGACUCUGGUUUGGGCUCUGGUUUUUACUCUGAUCCCCAUGUGGACUGUAUUGAAUUCGGACACGAUGCUACAAAUGGCGUACUGUUCUUGGGAGUCAAUACAAAAGACGCGGAUCGCCCUGGAUAUGUAGAAACCUACGACAUCAGUAGCGGAAAACCCCAUACAAGGUACGACUCUAUGAAUGGCUGUGUCUCUACACUUGCAGUAUCUAGCUCAGGUAGAUACAUUGUAUCUGGAAACUACAAUCGCUUCGACAAUAUGACUGGUGACAGAUUCAUUCAUCUUCACGACAGCAGAAAGCCCAAGAUUGUCUCCAAGUUUUAUUCGGGACACCCCGAUGUCAACGUCGUCGCAAUAAGUCCUUGCGAACGGUAUGUCGCAUCUGGUAACGCUGAAAAAGAAAAGAGUGAAGUUGUCAUCUUUGAUGUAAGAAACGCCAAGAGAAGUCUCCAUCUGCUAAGUCAUGAUCAAACGCUUGUGGAUCAAUCACUGAUUGCCCCUGAUUCAAGCAUUGGUAUUGGCGGUUUACACUGGAUGUCAGACAGUCGCAUCAUUGUUACAGGUGGGGGUGAUUCUACUGUAAAGGUUUGGAACAUUGAGGGUACAACUGAAUUAUUGAAGAGCUACCCAACUGCAAACUGUGUCACUAGUUUAGCUGUAAACGAAGACACGAUGACAAUCGCUGCAGGCGUAGCUGGUGCACAAGGUAUUGUUCAUGUUUGGCAGCCCUAA